UGCUUCAUGUCAGAUUCCAACACAACCAGCUUCACCAACCCCUCCACCUUCAUCCUGCUGGGCAUUCCUGGCCUGGACAUGGCACAUUUGUGGAUCUCUAUCCCGUUUUGUGCCAUGUACGCCAUAGCCAUUUUGGGGAACUCCACCAUACUGUUCAUUGUGAAGAGGGAGACGAGCCUCCAUGUGCCCAUGUAUUAUUUCCUCUGCAUGCUGUCCGUCACUGACCUGGUCCUGUCCACAUCCACACUGCCCAAAAUGCUGAGUAUCUUCUGGUUUAAUUCAAGGGAGAUCGAUUUCAGUGCCUGCCUCACCCAGAUGUACUUCCUUCACUGCUUCUCAGUGAUGGAGUCUGGUAUCUUUGUGGCCAUGGCCUUGGAUCGCUACGUGGCCAUCUGCAAUCCCCUGAGACAUUCCACCAUCCUGACAAACCCUGUGGUGGCCAAGAUCAGCCUGGCCGUGGUGCUGCGCAGUGGCAUCCUCACACUGCCCUUUCCCUUCCUAGCAAGAAAGUGGCCAUAUUGUACAACCAACAUUAUCCCCCAAUCGUAUUGUGAGCACAUAGCCGUGGUGAAGCUGGCCUGCGCCGACAUCCAAAUCAGUAGUUACUAUGGACUUUUUGUGGUAUUCUCUGUGAUUGUACUGGAUGUGUCUUUUAUUGCCGUGUCCUACACCCAGAUCCUCUGGGCUAUCUUCCACCUCCCCACAAAGGAUGCCCGGCUAAAGACAUUUGGGACCUGCGGCUCCCACCUCUGUGUCAUCUUAGCCUUUUACAUACCAGCUCUCUUCUCCUUUCUCACACACCGGUUUGGCCACAAUGUGCCCCUGCAUUUCCAUGUUCUCAUGGCCAACAUGUACAUCCUGGUGCCCCCCAUGCUAAACCCCAUCAUCUAUGGGGUAAGGACCAAAAGGAUCCGGGGCAGGCUGCUCCAGCUCUUUACUCAUAAAGGGACCUGA